AUAGGAUUAUAUUUUAAUGUUUUGUCAUGAUUUUUUCAGAUUUUUAGUGAAAGUUCUUGCACUGAUAUAUUUGGCAUUUCAAAACAGAGAAUUUAGAGAUGGAAACACAAAAAUAUCACAUUGAUCUUAUUGUAAAGUUUGGAGGAAGUGCUAUAACAGACAAGAGCAAACUGGAAACUCUUAAUGAAGAAUCACUAACCAGAGCUGUGGAACUGAUAAGUCUUUGUUAUAAACAGAACCUAACAUGCAUUGUUGUUCAUGGGGCUGGGUCAUUUGGCCAUCACCAAGCUAAAGAAUUCAAGGUCAACUCUGGCUGGCAUCAUAUAAAGGAUGGGAAUGAUAUAGAGCUUGUUAAGACAGGUUUUCUGUCUCACAAGGAAUCUGUUACUAUGUUAAAUCACCAUGUGGUCAAUAGUUUGCUGAAACAAAAUAUUCCUGCUGUAGGCUUAUCAGUAUGUGGAGGCUGGGUGACAGAAAAUGGUGAAGUUGUGAAGCGUGAUAUAGAAUCUGUAACUGAUUUGAUAAGGAACGGAUUUAUUCCAGUGUUACAUGGUGACUGUGUAUUAGACCGUGCCAAAGGUAGCAACAUUCUUAGUGGCGAUACUAUAAUUCAGACAUUUUCAGAAGUGUUCAUUGUCAACAGAGUAGUUUUCUUGACCAGUGUUAAAGGUGUUUAUGAUUGUCCACCAGCAGAUCAUUCUG